CUGAGAAUGUACAUCCGGUGAUGCGACGCCCUUGAACAGGAAGUAGAUCUUGAUAGCUACGAGAGGAGCGGCGUGCGGCGCCUGUUGCUUGAGAGGGCGAUCCAAGAUGGCGGACGCCGGGACGACGACGACUACGGUGUCCGUGGAGGAGCUGCUGGCGCGCGCGGAGGGGCGCGAGGCGGAGGAGUCGCAGCGGCGGGGCGUGUCGGUGCACAAGGAGCUGGAGCUGGAGUUCGACGCGGGCAACCUGCUGGCGCUGGACAGGAACCCCGCGCCGCGCGCCGCCGAGCCCGAGCGCGAGGCCUCCCUGCGCCGCCUGGCGCGCGACAACACGCAGCUGCUGGCGGCCCAUCUCUGGGCGCUGCCUUCGGAGCGGGCGGAGGGCGGCGCGGGCCCCGUGGUGGCGCGCCUGCCGGAGCCGUGCACGCGCCUGCCCCGCGAGAAGCCCCUCCCGAAGCCCAAGCCCCUCACGCGGUGGGAGCAGUUCGCCCGCCUUAAAGGCAUCCGCCCCAAUCGGAAGAAGCGCGGCUCCUUGGUGUGGGACGAGGCGGCGAAAGAAUGGCGCCGGCGGUGGGGUUACCGGCGCGCGGGCGGGGGCGACAAAGACCCCUGGCUGAUGGAAGUGCCCGACUCGGCGGACCCUUCCGAGGACCCCUUCGCGCGCAGGAGGAGCGAGAAGCGCGAGCGCGUGGCCCGCAACGAGCUCAACCGCCUCCGCAACUUAGCCCGGGCCCACAAGGCGGAGAUGCACCCCACGGGCAGGCAGGACAAGGCCGAGCUCGCCCGCGCCGCCCUCCUCGCCCGCGCCGCCACCGCCUCCAAGGGCCGCUUCCAGCCCAGGCUGCCCCGGGAGCCCCCGAGCGCGCCUCAGCGAGGCCUGGGCAGGAAGAGGCACUUCCAGCCGCUCCUGGGGGACCUCCAAGCGGAGAAGGCGAGGCAGCUGGAGUUGGCUAGGAACCUCGCAGGGAAGAAGCCCACCAUUAACAUCGCCCGCGCCGUCGGGAAGCAGCUCCGGGAGGAGGACGAGGAAGCCAGGGCCCGAGGAAAGAAGGGGAAGAAGCAGGGACAGCGCGGGAAGAGGCAAGGCAAGCAGCAACGGAGAGGCAAAGGCAAGAAGGCCGCAGGAGGAGGAGGAGGAGGGAAGGGCAGGAGGAAGAAGUGAACUGGGUCACAUGGAGUUUUGCUCUCAAAAUAACACAGUGGCCUUGGGUUUUCGGAUCAGAAUAAAGGCUGUCCUGGGAUGUUGUGAACCUGUAUGACAGGCAUGGGCAAACUUGGGCCCUCGGGGUGUUUUGGAGUCCAACUCCCACCAUUCCUCACCGCCUCAGGCCCCUUCCUUUUCCCCCUCAGCCGCCCACCCCGAGGGCCCAAGUUUGCCCACACCUACCUUGAGUUGAACCUGAUAAGAAACAUGCCCUUCCCAAGAUGGACAAUAAUAUGAAAACUGAACUAGACCUUGGUCUUGAUAUAAAAAAAAACUUCUUACCACAGUGUGCCUGUCUUUGAGGAAGAAUUGUGAAAAACUCUUCUUUUUUUUUAAAGUUCUGGUCAUUUCAUUUUUGUGUGAAAUGUAAUUAAUUUUUUCAAUUUUUUGUUACUGGGAUAUUAGGUGCCAACUCUAUACAAAUUAAAAAAAACCUUUUAUUUA